CUGCCCAAUGCUGAACUGUGGCGCGCCGCUCAGUAGUAAAAAUACUGCACGGUGUUUAACCGAGCGUUCAUUCACCUUCUCUGUCUGUAAGGCAAUCGGAAAGGUAGAUUGUCGCGUCCAUAACCGUUGUCUGCCUCAAAUCGGAUACGAUCUCGUCAAUACCUGCACUUAAAAUCGAAUAGAUAAAUCGUCUCGUCAGUUGGCUACACCCCUUCUUAGGAUACCAGACCCUAGUUAGGGUAAUCAUCGUAUUUCUUGUCUGAAACAUUAUGAGAUGAAGAGUUUUCAGCGACGAUGCCGUUCUCGUGGAACUUAGGUGAGAAGAUUCUGUGCUCUGUCACACACGUGGAGAGUGCGCGUGGAGCUGUCAUCUCUGAUUGUCCCGAGCCGAGUCCGGAUGCGGGAUGCGCAGAAGACCAAGCAGAGGAGUUGAAAGAGAAAACUGUGCUCGCUCCGCCAGUGUUCAUCUUCCAGAAGACUGUCCUGUCCAUGAAGAGAAGAGCAGAGAGGUGGGAGGAGGGGGCAGUCGGGGUGAGCCCAAACAAAAGAGUCCGAUCCUUCACCUUCCCCAGUCCCAGAACGAGGAACGGUUCAUGUGAAAGAAGCAGUCGUAUACGGUCCUCCUCGAUGUGUUUCCCCCCUCCACCCCCAGUGUCACAAUCAAAUGUGUUCAUGCCCCCAAAUAUGUGCAAGAGGACCACAGAAACAGCUUCACCCUGGAUCAGAAGAUCCCUGCUGAGGCCUGCUCUCCUCCUCGCCCCGAAGCCCUGGAGCAUCUCCCAGAAAUCGCACCAGCCUGAGGGUAGCCAUGAUAACCUGGGUGGUCUCUGCAGUGUAACAGUAAACAGACCCUCUUCAAGUCUUUCACCUCCAGAUCAUAGAUCAGACAUCGACGUCUCCUCCUCUGACAGGCUUCAGUUUGUUUUCGGAGAGAACAUGAGCGAGAGAGUUCUGAGUCCGCAGAAAACAGUCAGCGGUGAAUCGGAGUCAGAUUGCAGCUCCUCAGAAUCUGACUCCUCCAGCUCUGAGCCAAGUCAUAACGGGAGGGUGUGGAGAUCGCUCAGGGAGUCGGCCGCGGCCCACACAGCCUCGUACAGGAGGCACCGUCCACUAAGGCGCGUCCAACUCUUCACCGGAGAAGAGAAGGAGAGUAAUGUGGUGCAGGUGACUUGCAGACUGUUUGUCUUGGAGAAGGGAACGCAGUCGUGGAGUGAGCGAGGGAGGGGGGUCCUGCGACUCAACGAUUUAGCCUCAGGGCCCAAAGGUUGCCUACAGUCCAGGAUAGUCAUGCGACACCAGGGAAGCCUCAAGGUCAUUCUCAACACCAAGCUGUGGCCUCACACCCACCUGCGCAGGCCCGGGAGACGCAACCUCCAGGUGACUGCCACCGACGUGGACAGCCAGGCCAUGCGGGUCUUCCUGGUCCAGGCUAGCGCCAGGGACGUGGCCAGGCUCUACGUGGCCAUCCACCACCGCCUGGUGGCCCUCCGGGGUGGGGCUGGAGCUGGGCUGGAGCCGGAGGGGGCCGGGGCCCGGGAGGGACACUGCUACAGCGAGAACGAGGAGGAUGAGGAGGAAGAGGAGAGACGGAGGCAGAGGAGGGAGAAAGAGAGGCUGCUGCUCACCCGGUUGAGACCUGUGGUCUGUGAUUGGAUGCACGGUAAACCCAGUUUGGGUUCUUGGUGACGUUUUAUUGCGCAACCCAGUGGUCUUCAGUUUCAGCAGCAAGAAAAGUCUUAUCAGCACCAACAGUGAGAGAAGUUUGGGCCGUACUGGUGCAUCGGGGACAAAAUAAACUUUGGAGACCUGACAAAUGUGUGUACCUGUUUCUGACUUAGGCAGAAAUACACUUGAUUUGUUCUCUUUAUGGACAGAUGUUUUUGCCGGUGUAAAUACAAAUAUUUUGGUAUGACUAAGGUGAACCAGUUAAAAAAGUGUUUUAUGUUUCUUACCUUUUUACUUCUUUUGUGAAAUAUUUUAUAUACUUUAUUCUCCUGUCACACAAACCACAGUAGAACUCAAAGUGCUUUCUAAACCGUUCAGUACAUUUCGUAUUUUCAAAAAAGGUUUUGUUCUUCUAUGUUCAUUUUAGAAGAAUUUAUUUUUGUAUUUCUUUUAAAUAUGUAUUUUUAUUUAAACAUUAAUACAUACUCGUGAGAACCUAUUUUAAAGUCACAAAUUUCAACAUCUAUUUUGGUGCAUUUUAACUUUAAACACAAGUACAUUUGGUUUACUUUGUUUGACGUCUAAGCUCUUAGUUACUAAUACAAAAAGAACUGAACAGGUAUCCUUGCAGUACAUUUUCUAUACCGUCAUUUACGAAAAAACUGUAAUGCUUUUGUGCGUCUUAAAAGCUAUCCUACAAGCAAAGUUCUCUGAAGGUUCUCUCGUGUUUUAAUACAAAGCAACUGUGUUGAAAGAUAGUCUUGCAUUGUGAGAUAGCGACUAGCAUCUAGUUUAUUAUAAUUGUCAACACUGUACGAAUUGUAUUUUGAUGGUUUGUUAUUUUGUCUAAUAUGUCGUCAUGACCUAUUAAAAAGAGU